CUUGGGAAGCAGCAGUGAGUCCGAGCAGAGGAGAGAUAGUCCGCAGCAGCCUCCGAGGCCGUCCCAGCAGCGACAAGCCCAGAAGCCGCAACCUCAGCAGCAGCAGCCCCGGCACCAUGGGCGGAUCUGCCUCCAGCCAGCUGGAUGAGAGCAAAUGCACUUAUAUCCAAGGCAAAACCGAAGCUGCUAUCAAAAACUUCAGCCCACAUUAUCGUCGCCAGUAUUCUGUGGCCUUCUGCAGUGAUGUCCGGAGUGAAGUCGAACAGCAUAGAGAUUUGAGAUCCCAGUUCUUAAAAACCAAGCCACCUUUGGAUGCAGAGACAGUCUUGUAUGAAGGAGAGCUGUCCCAUUUUGCCGAUGACCUAAAGAAAUGGAAAGACAGAUACAUUGUGGUUAAAAAUGAUUUUGCAGUGGAGAGCUAUGAGAACAAAGAGGCCUAUCAGAAAGGAGCCAGUCCUAAAAGUCGUAUUCUCCCAGCAAGCGGCAGAGUUUUAACUUCUGAAGAAGAUUACAAUUUAUUAUCUGACCGACAUUUUCCAGACCCUACUGCUCCCAGUGAAAAGGAGAACUCUCAGCCUUUUGUUGUUUUGCCAAAAGAAUUUCCUGUAUACCUGUGGCAGCCCUUCCUCAGACACAACUACUUCUGUUUCCAAGAUUCAGCAGACCAAAAACAGUUCAGCGCUCUACUGAAUGACUGCAUUCGACAUCUAAAUCAAGAUUAUUUGAAGCAGAAAACAUUCGAAGCCCAAGCCUUUUUAGAAGCAGUGCAAUUCUUCCGGCAGGAGAAGGGCCACUAUGGAUCAUGGGAAAUGAUCACUGGGAAUGAAGUCCAGAUCUUGAGCAACCUAGUGAUGGAAGAGCUCCUGCCAACCCUUCAGACGGACCUUCUACCUAAAAUGAAAGGAAAGAAGAAUGACAGAAAAAGAGCUUGGUUUAGCGUUUUAGAAGAAGCCUACAACUUGGUCCAGCAUCAAGUUUCAGAAGGAUUAAGUGCUUUGAAAGAGGAAUGUAGAGCCCUGACAAAGGGCCUAGAAGGAACCAUUCGGUCAGACAUGGAUCAGAUUGUGAACUCAAAGAACUUCUUAGCUGGAAAAAUCAGAGUCAUGGUAGCUGAACCUGCUGGUCGAAUUUGUGCAGAGAGUGUGCAACCAUUCCUGUCUUCCAUCUUGGAGGAACUCAUGGGGCCAGUGAGUUCUGGGUUCAGUGAAGUCCGGGCCCUCUUUGAAAAAGAGGUGAAUGAAAUCAGCCAAAGUUUUCAGACCAACAAAGAUCCUGCUCAGCUGAAGGAGCACUUGAGACAGCUGAUGAAUCUUCCUCUGAACUCAGUGAAGAUGGAACCUUGUUACUUGAAGGUCAUGCUACUCCAAGAACAACUCCAAGACCUCAAGAGCCGCUUCAAAUUCCCCCAUAUUGACUUGGUGGUACAGAGGACCCAAAACUAUAUGCAAGAACUCAUGGAAAAUGCGGUCUAUACUUUUGAGCAGCUUCUCUCUCCCCAUCAACAAGGAGAUGCAUCAAAAAUCUCAACAGCCAUUGAAAAAGUCAAGAAGCGAGUCUUAAAGCAAUACGAUUACGAUAGCAGCACCAUCCGGAAGAUGCUAUUUCAGGAGGCGCUGGUUCAGAUCACACUGCCCACAAUGCAAAAGGCAUUGGCAUCGACGUGCAAACCAGAGCUUCAGAAAUAUGAGCAGUUCAUCUUUGCAGAUCAUACCAAUGUGAUCCAGGUUGAAAAUGUCUAUGAGGAGAUUUUGUAUCAGACCCUCCUUGAUGAAACACUGAAAGUGAUAAAGGAGGCUGCUGUUCUCAAGAAGCACAAUCUUUUUGAGGACAACAUGGCCUUGCCUUGUGAAAGUGUGUCCAGCUUAACUGAUCUAAAAACCCCAUCUGGGUCCAACCAGGCCAGUCCUGCCAAGAAAUCAUUGACAGGCCUGCAUGCAAUUUCAGACCAUGAAACAUCAAGUAAUGAAGUGUUCCUCAUGUCAGAGGAGAAGAAGAGCCCAGAGGCCCAUCUCGAGUGUGCCUAUCCCUCUGCCAGAGAGGAAAGUAUGUCUUUCCUCCUGUCUAGCCCUUCUCUAAAUGCCAGUGAGAAAGUGAUUAUUGCUAGGAUGUUUGACCAAGUCGAUGAAUCCCCUUUGAGUGUAGCAGCCCAGGAGGAAAAGGCAGAUCUCCUAAGCACAAACACAGUAAAGAAGGAGUCUGGAGGAAUUCCUGAGAACAUAAAUCAGUCUGAGGAGAAAACUCUUGCCCCAGACUCCUUGAGUGAGAUCAGGGACUUGUUGACAGUGACUGUUGAAGUGCCAACAGAUCCCUCCCAGGAGGAAAAAGGAGAAGCUAUGAGGAAUGAUGUGAACCAGCAGGGAAAAGAAGAUGUGAAAGAGGAAGAAAAAGAUGAAACUCAAAGUGAUAAAGAGGCCAAGCCAACAUCCACAUUCCAUUGGGAAGACUGUGCUUUUGGUGAGAUCAGUGCCAAGUUGUCUUUUCCUUCCAGUUCAGAGACCAGUGGUACAAGUUUGAUACCAUUUCCAGAAGUGGGCUGCUGUGGUCCUCCACCAGCUGGUGUUAAACUCUCAGAAGAACACAGGGAAGAGAAAACAGAGCCAGAAGCCACCAGUAGUGUCUGGUAUACUGAAGCAGACAAUUGUAAAGUUCCCCAGAGUGAUCAACUGCUAACAAUGGGACUCAGUGAAAGUAUGUACACAGGGGAUACUUCCAUGUUGCAAGAAAUAGAAAGAGCAGAGCUCCAGGCCAUCCCAGCAGGAACUGAGAUGGAGACCACAUCUGCCCCUUUUCUUAAGAGUAAGCUCUCAACUGAAGAAAAUUGCAUUUUGGGUGAUGACCACACCAAAACAGAAUCUGCUGGGCAGAGCUCCAUUUCUCUGGAGCAGGAGAAAGAGAAUAACCCCCUUGCCCAAAUGCAGAUACCCGAGUAAUCAGAACCCCGAAGGCUUAACGAUGCUGUUGGGAUGACAAGUGCCAGCGGAUAUAUGAAAAUGUUCCAAGCAUGAAAGACAAAAAUCUCCUUCUGAAAGUAGCCAGGAGAGCUAUACAGAGCACCAGCCAGAAAACUAGCCAAAGUUCAUUGGCCAGAGAGUUUCUCUCUGAAAACAAUUGGCCAAGAAUUAUUGGGGGAUUCAUUUAGGAUUUGCACAUAAGUUUCUACAAGAAAAAGAUUACAAGAUCCCUUGAACUAAAAAGUGAAACCAAAAGGAAAGCCUUAGUUACAGUAAUCAAGCAGCAGCUCUCACUAACAAGGCAAACUUCUGCGCAUAUGAUUGCUUCUGUUUUCAUAGGAAUUUCAAAGAUAAUGGAGUGUCCUGAUUUAAGAGAAAGACACACACACACACACACACACACACACACACACACAC